UCUUUGGACUGUGGGGGAAACCGGAGCACCCGGAGGAAACCCACGCGGACACGGGGAGAACAUGCAAACUCCACACAGAAAGGCCCUCGCUGGCCCCGGGGCUUGAACCCAGGACCUCCUUGCUGUGAGGCGACAGCGCUGACCACUACACCACCGUGCCGCCCUUUAUCCAUUUAUGAAAAGGCACUUUUCUUUAAACAAAAUGUACUAGUGGUGACCAAAACAUAAUAUAUUGAAAAUAGUGCAUAAAAAAUAUGUAUAAUAAUUAAACUGUUAGUGAAAUAAAUAGUUUAAAAAGCUAAAUAGAAAAAUAUAAUUUAUGGGAUUUGACACAAAAUAGAAAUAUAUAAUGAAAUUUAUAUUUUAUUGUAAGGAAAAUAAAGUUUGUAUGUAAAUGGUUAAUUUUUUUUAUUAGGGUGAAAUAAAUGGUGUGUAAAAUAUAACUGUUAGCUGCACUGAGGGUCUCCACGUGGCUGAAGAUCCUGAAAGCUGUUUUUCUGCCUGCUGAAAUCUGAGAUCUUUCUCCUCCUCCUCCAUCUCUCCAUCUUCACUCCUCCACCAUGGAGGCUCUGGGUGGUUAUCCGCCCAAAGCGUCCGGCUCCAGGGCCCGGCUGGUGUCCCUCAUCCUCAUCGCCACUCUGUGCAUCACCUCGCUUUAUCUCCUGCACACACAACUCUCCAGGAACCGCAGACAUGUGGACUUUUACUCCUUCCAAGUGAAGGACACCAAGGGGAGAAGCGUCUCACUGGAGAAAUAUCGAGGGAAAGUGUCUCUGGUUGUGAAUGUGGCGAGUCGCAGUGAACAGACUGAACAGAAUUACAGAGACCUGCAGGAGCUGCACCGGGCUCUCGGGUCGACUCACUUCACCGUGCUGGCUUUCCCGUGCGCACAGUACGGAGACACGGAAUCGGGGACGGGCCGAGAUGCAGAGGCCUUCGCCAGGUCCAAUUACGCCGUCACUUUCCCCUUCUUCAACAUGAUAAAAAUCAUGGGGUCAGAGUCGGAGCCAGCCUUCAGAUUCCUCACAGAUUCGGUUCAACAAAUACCAAAGUGGAACUUCUGGAAGUUUCUGGUGAGUGCUGAGGGUCAGGUCUUUCGGGUCUGGAAGCCAGAGGAGUCGAUGGAGGAAAUCAGGAGGGAAGCGACGGCUCUCGUGCGGGAAAUCAUACUGAAGAAGAGACACGAGCUCUGAGAGAGGUUCUGUAUGUUGAGGUGGAAAAGUUCUGAGAGGAGCAAUGCCUCAGUGGAGCGCUGGAACACAACAGAGAACUCUACCUGUGGUACUGCAGUGUGUGUGUGUGUGUGUGUGUGUGUGUGUGAGGGAGAGAGAGAACGAACAUGUUUGAAAGGUGAAUUUGUGGAGACUGAAGUGUGGAAUCUCAGGGUGUUCGCUGUGACCAACCACAUCCACCAAUCACAAAUAUUUCUAAAUGUCACAUAAGUAUUUAAUGCAGUUUCUGUUCAUCUGAUAGUUUCAUCUUGACUUUUAAUGCACAACCACUUUGAUCAGAGAUUUCAGUUUAUUAAUAAAAUAAAUAAAUGAAAAA